GAGUCAGGGCACAGAUACGGAAAGAUGAAGACGAGAGCGAGGCUCCAUUGAAGGCACGACGAGGAUAUUGAAGGCCGGAAGCACGAAUCGUGAAUCUUGUCAUCAAUCUUAUAAUUUUUGGUGAAUUUGAAUUCUUUCUAAGGCUAUAGAAUUAUCCACUGUGAUUCGAUCUACUUCAAUUUCGAGAUUUUUUUUUCCUUUUGCAGUUCUGUUCGCAGACAAACAUAACGGGGAGUGUGUGGCGGAGGUAUGUAUGUGUUGGAUUUAGCUUGAAUUAAGUCUGUUUUGAAUAUGAGUGGUUAGUUCGAUAAUUUCUGUGCUGUUUUUUUUCUUGUUUCGUGGCUAUAAUUCUGUUUUUGUUUUGGAAUAUGUUAUAUGAACGACAACCGAAUCCAGAAAUUUACUUAGGCAAGGGAAAUAGAACAACUGAAUUAGGAGUUUCCAAAACCUUUUCUAUGUUUGUAUUGAUUUUUCUCAAGGAUUACAAGGAAAUUAGCAACUAAAAUUAAAGGAACAGAAUCACAAAGUAAAUGAACAGAGAAUGAAGGGCCAAUUCGAGCAGUUCAUAUACUCUUCGCUGAAAAUCUAAUCAAUAGUAAACAGCUAUCAUUUGAAGAGCCCAAUGGGGAGGCUGACAUUUUUCCUGGAAUAUCUAGUAAACAGCUAUCAUUUGAAAAGAGUAACGUGGAGGCUGACUUAUCAUCUGGAAGGAUUGACACGGCAACUGGCUUAGCAUCUGUAAAGAACAUGAUGGAAGAUGAGGUAUUAAUCUGGAAAGAACAACAUGGAAGAUGAGGAUCAGGUAGAAGUCACCUCUAAACCGGAGCCACCCAAAAAGAAGGCCACAAAAACGUUGAGGGCCAGACGGAAAAUUGUGAAGAAGAUUUAGUAAAUUGCAACCAUCUGAGGAGCCCACUGGCGAGGCUUUGAAUCCUCCAAAAGCCUCUUUUAAACAACUAUCAUUUGGAAAGCAGAAUACGGAUACUGAGGUAACACCUGGAAAGAACAACAUGGAAGCUGAGAAUCAAGGACAGGUCUCUUCCAAACUGGAGUCAUCCAUGAAGAGAGAGAAAAAAAAGUUGAGGGCCAGACGCAAACUUGUGAAGAAAUGUGAAGAAGCCAGAGGUAGCACUGAAACUUUUAGUAAAUUGCAAUCAUCUGAGGAGCCCCGUGGCAAGGCUGUGAAUCCUCCGAAAGCCUCCACUAAACAGCUAUUGUUUGGAAAGAAAAAUAUGGACACUGAGGUAUUACCUAGAAAGAACAACAUGGAAGCUGGGAAUCAAGGAGAAGCCUCCUCCAAACCAGAGUCAUCCACGAAGAGAACCCCAAGAAUGUUGAAGCCCAGGCCUAAUAUUGUGAAGAAAUCUUUGGCUAAUGAAUCCUUGAAGGCAAAUAUGGCCAGUGGUGCUUUCAAAGUUCAUCGGAGAAACAGGAGGAAGAAUAAGAUGCUGAAUUCAAGAGAAGAAACCACAGAAAAAAAUGUGACCAAUAAGUUGCGCAAUGAAGGGAACCUAGAGAUCAAAAACAAAGAAAGGGUCAGAGGGUCAGAUAAGAGGCAGCAGAAUCAAAGAAGUGAAAGAAAACAUGGUGGUUCUGACAAGAGUUCAAUGCAAAAGGAUAAAGAAAAUCGUGAUGGCAUCGAAAAGAGCCAACAAAAUGAGAUGAACAAACUUGGUGGUUUGAUCUUUAUGUGCAGUGCAAAGACUAAGCCAGAUUGUUUCCACUAUCGCCUCAUGGGUGUAUCAAUGAAUAAAAAGGAUCUUGUACUGGGCAUCAAACCAGGACUUAAGCUUUUCCUCUAUGAUUUUGACCUCAAGCUCUUGUAUGGAAUUUACAAGGCAUCCUCCCCUGGUGGUUUGAAUAUUGAGCGUCGAGCCUUUGGUGGGGCCUUCCCAGUUCAGGUUCGGUUUGAUAUCCACAAAGAUUGUCUUCCACUUCCGGAGAGUGUUUUCAGGAAGGCGAUUAAGGAAAAUUAUAAUGAAAAGCAGAAGUUCAAAACGGAACUUACUGUUAAACAAGUUAGGAAGCUUUCAGAACUUUUCAGAACAUUACCAAGUCCUGGACACUCCCCAGCAAUGCCAGAUGUUCGAGAUGGGGAAUCUUAUGUCAGAGUAAGGGAGUUGAGGCCCCAUUCAGGCAGGGAAAGGGUUGGUAGAGAUCCUUAUGUCAAUGAUAAUGGUAGGAGUUAUCCUAUAUUGCCUCGUGAAAGGCGUGAACACAUUGCUUACCAAGAAAUCACGCCUCAACAGAGGGAGGAAAUUUCUUCUGAUAGGUACCUGAGGGAAAAGGAAUAUCGAGCUUAUGGGCUUCAGGGAGAGAGAAGAAACUUAACCCCUCCACGUCAUGUUGCUCCUUCCCUGCAUCAUGCUGCUCCAAUUUUGGACCCGUAUGAGAGAGAUCAUGCAAGGGAGCACCUUAGUAGACAACCAGAUCUUAUAUAUCGAGACACUGUCAGUGUGCACAGAGAAUCAAAUCGUGCUGAUCCUCUCUACUUCACUGAAAGUGAGUAUCAGGCUUACAAACUUGGUGCUAAACUGGAAUUGCAUACUGGUACUGGUACUGGUACUGUUUUGGAUCACUAUAAAAGGGAUCCUUACAAUCCUUUCCAUCAUGGUGCUUCUUCUGUGGACUCAUAUCGGCUACCUGUGCAUAGAAACGAAGUUUCUUCAGGUACCUACUCUCCUGGUGGAAGGAUAGCAACUUACCCAGGUGAGAUGGAUCGCUUACAGAGAGAACCUGAGCAAGUUGACAGAUUGUACUCAACUUAUGCCGCAGAUGCUCUUUCCAAUUACAACCGGAUAUCCCAUCACCAAGGCGCCCCACGUGAAACUGCCCCUGCGCCGGUUUCAUCUUGGUACUCCUUUGCUGGCCCAUCUCAGUCUUACCGGCUGUCCAAAAAAACCAUAUCAAACCAAAUUGAUCGUCAAACAGACCGAUUAAAUAUAUUGAAGAUCGACCGAAAAAUCGAAAAAAAAAAAGGAGAUCAGCCUGUCAAUAACAAAUCGAACGGCUGCAGCUUAUUGGCGUGGGACCCACGCCAAAAAGCUGCAGCGUUUCAUCCGCUAAAGAAAGAAGCUCCCUUAGGGAGCUUCUUUUGCGCCAGCGGAUCCGCUGGCACAUGCGGAAAUGUGUCGUUUGGCAGUGCAUUGGCCUCCAGCGGAUCGCUUAGCGGAUCCGUUUGGCAGUGCAUUUUCCUACAAAGAACGAGAGAGAGAGAGAUGGGGAUGUGCUGGUCCGAUGAUCAUGUGAGAGGAGGAAAAGCGGCCGUGGGUGGGACCAAACACGGGCCCAAUGUUGCUUCAGCCAACAAUGGCGGAGGAUACAACGAGGCGGUUGAUUUGCUCUUGAAAUCCCGAGGACUCCAAGCCCUUUUUACUCAAAUCGAGUUAUCUUUAUCAGCUUCAAAUUUACGUGACCUUGACAUCACAUCAAAGAGUGACCCUAUGGCAGUUUUGUAUGCGAAGAGAGGAGAUGGAACACUGGAGGAAUUAGGUCGUACAGAAGUCGUAUUGAAUAACUUAAAUCCUGCUUGGAUUGAGAAAAUUACAAUUGCUUAUCAGUUCGAGAUUGUCCAGCCACUGGUCAUUCGGGUAUAUGAUAUAGACACCACAUAUCACAACUUACCGGUGAAGCAACUGAAGUUGGAAGACCAAGAUUUUCUAGGAGAAGCUGGUUGUUUUUUGUCUGAGGUUGUGACCAAACAAAAUCAAACUCUAACUCUAAGCCUCCAUAGCAUAACUGGGCAUGGGGUUUCGAGAAAGUUAGGGACACUCACUAUCCAUGCCGAGGAAACAAUCAAUUCUAAGAUUGCUGUUGACAUAAUAUUUCAUUGCACAAACUUGGAUAACAAAGAUCUUUUUUCAAAAAGUGAUCCUUUCUUAAGAAUAUCCAGAGCUGUUGAGCAUGGAGGUUCUAUACCAAUAUGCAAAACAGAGGUGGUGAAUAACAAUUUGAAUCCAGUAUGGAGGCCUUUACAUCUGACUAUGCAACAGUUUGCGAGCAAGGAUAACCCAUUAAAUAUUGAGUGCUUCGACUUCAAUAGCAAUGGCAAUCACGUACUUAUUGGUAAACUUCAGACAUCAAUGGCGGAACUAGAAAGACUUCACAGAGAAAAAAGGGGUGCAAAUUUUGUGUUACCCUCCACUCGCCAUGGUCAUGAGAAGGUUCUGAAGGGUCAGCUAUUUGUGGAUCAGUUCAUUGAGAACAAGCAAUUUAGUUUUCUGGAUUACAUAUCCAGUGGCUUCGAGCUAAAUUUUAUGGUUGCAGUUGACUUUACAGUUUCAAAUGGGAAUCCUCGAAGUCCAAGUUCUUUGCACUAUGUUGAUCCUUCAGGCCAGUUGAAUUCUUACCAAAAGUCUAUUGUAGAAGUUGGGGAGGUGUUACAAUUUUAUGAUUCUGACAAGCGCUUUCCUGCUUGGGGCUUCGGAGGGAAGAUACAUGAUGGUACUGUCUCGCAUUGUUUCAACUUGAAUGGAAGUACUGAUCGCCAUGAGGUACAAGGGGUCGAAGGCAUCAUGGCUGCAUAUACGAGUGCGCUUUGCAGCGUACCAUUGUCAGGUCCGACUUUAUUUGGCCAAGUGAUCAAUAGGGCUGCACAAGUUGCUGGCCAGUCUCUUUCAUAUAACAGUAACAAUUAUUUUGUCCUACUCAUUAUAACGGAUGGAGUCCUCACUGAUAUUCAAGAAACAAAAGAUGCUUUGGUCAGGGCAUCUGAUCUUCCCCUAUCAAUCCUUAUAGUUGGAGUUGGAGGUGCAGACUUUACACAAAUGGAGAUCCUUGAUGCGGAUAAUGGGUGUCGAUUAGAGAGUUCUACUGGUCGGUUAGCUACACGAGACAUUGUGCAGUUUGUGCCAAUGCGAGAAGUGCAUAGCGGACAAAUUUCUGUCAUUCAUGCUCUAUUGGAAGAAUUGCCUGGACAGUUUUUGAGUUACAUGAGGUGUAGAGAUAUCAAACCUCAUGCUCACCAUGUAUCCCAGACUUCUGCUUGAUGGCAUUUCUCUACAUCACGUUCAUACCAAAAUUACAGUAGCAUCAUCUUAAAUACCAUGGCUGGGCUGAUAAUUGCUCAUAACAAUAGCAGAAGAAUGGGUUCCUGAAAGGAUAACUUAUUUCUCCAUAUUUUAGAAUUGAUUCGUGCUAUUGUUGUCCAUUUUAACAUUGUAAAUAUUCAAGGUUGGACCCGAUAGCUGUCCGCACAAAAAUGGUAGAAAAAAUUUCAGGAAAGGAAGAACACUAUGAUUCUUAGUU